AUGAACGAACUUCUCGACCAGCAAAUAACCGCCCUUCAAACAAUAGGAAGUUCGCUAUCUAACUUCAAGAAGAUACGAAAAAACAACUACACGCCGGCCAUGAUCCGACAGCGGAUGACAACGCUAAAGGACACUUGGGCGACAUGCCUCGCCAGGCAUGCCCGAUUGCUACAAACCGUCCCGGAAGAAAACCGAGCCACCCUAACGUACUUCAGGGAAUUGCAGCUCGAGCUAAACCAGGAGGUCUACGAAACCACGCUCGAUUACAUGGCCACCUGCCUCGAGGAACUGGAGCCACCAGUACCAGCAUCAUCGUCACCAUUACAUUCGAUAAGUACAUUCGAAAAAGCGUCCUUUUCCUUGAAUCAUCUUCCUCCGAUCAGGCUUCCCCCGUUUUCCGGGAAUCUUGAUGAAUGGGAGAAUUUCCGAGAUCGAUUCACGUCUCUCAUCAUACAGAACAAUGACCUCACUGCAUUCUCAAGGAUGCAUUUUCUUGCAUCCAGUCUUAGCGGUCGUGCGCUUGACACGAUAAAGUCAAUUCAAGUCACCGCGGCUAACUUUGAAAUAGCGUGGAAAACGCUGGUGUCACGCUACGAUAAUACGCGACGGCUCGUCGAAGUACACGCAUCCGCGCUCUUCAACCUUCCGUCGGUCGGUCGCGAGUCCGCGCUCGAAUUGAACGAACUUCGUGACAGAGCCAAUCGGUCAAUCGCGUCAUUGAGAAACUUGAAUCGAUCUAAUGACGAGAUACUCAGUGACUUGCUGGUGUACAGCGUGACUCAACGACUCGAUCACGCAACCAGGAAGGCGUGGAGGCUUAAAACGGGCGACGACGCGAGCGUUCCGACAUACGAAGCCCUUGACAAGUUCCUUGAGACGCGUGUUCGCGCUCUUGAGGAAUUGACCCCUCAAGGUUCUUCGAAGCACGCCCGUACAGCCAGAGUAACGAGCGCGUCUGCAACCGCUUCGAGUCCAGCGUGCCCCCUCUGUGCCGCGUCUCAUUUCAUUAAUCGGUGUCCGCAAUUUUUAAAGAAGACGCCGACUCAAAGAAUGGAAGUCAUUAAACAAGCAAACAGAUGCCUCAACUGCUUGAGUUACAAACACGCUGCUCAAGCGUGUCCCAGCCGAUAUUCAUGCCGUACAUGGCAAAAUAGACAUCAUUCCAUGCUUCAUAAUGACUCGGCCUCUCCUUCCUCAAAUGCGACUAGUUUAAGUUUAACGACCAACUCAGACAUCUCCGCCGAAAAUAAAAACAACGAUCACGUUUCCGCUCUAUGCUCAACUCUGCCGUUCGCUGCGCGAAAGCGCGUAUUGCUCGCGACCGCGCGCGUUAAUGUAAUAUCUCCGGCGAAUCGCAAGCUCGCGGUACGAGCACUCCUUGAUCAAGGCUCCGAAAUCACAUUCAUAAGUGAACGUCUCACGCAAACGCUCCGGUUGCGCCGCUUCAGCAUGCCUCUCGAAAUCUCUGCCGUCGGUGGAGUAAAUAUCGGUAAAAGCCGUUACGCCGCUCAGAUUCAGGUCGCUCCGAUCAACGGAUCAGCAUCGGCGCUCGCGACAACGGCGUCAAUUCUAAAGUCAUUAACGAAAUAUUCGCCAUCACAACCGCGAAAUCAUCAUGAGUGGACUCAUCUAGCUCAUCUCGCGCUCGCUGAUCCGACUCCCUUUAGCGCCGAACCUAUUGAUGCGAUAAUCGGAGCGGACCUCUAUAGCGAAAUGCUUCUCGACAAAGUAAUUAAAGGCGCACCUGGUCAACCAGCUGCGCAAGCAACUAUCUUUGGAUGGAUAUUGUCAGGUCCAACCUCCGAUCCCGCUCCUCCGGGUCACGUGAUCAGCGUUCGGCAUUGCGCCAGUACUGACACUCUGGAUCGCGACAUCCGGCGAUUCUGGGAGAUAGAGGAAGUUUCGCGUAAACCGCCGCUCACACCGGAAGAGCAGCAAUGCGAGGAUCAUUUCGCCAACACGCAUUCUCGCGGCCCUGAUGGACGAUAUAUUGUACGGUUGCCGUUUAAGCGUGGCCCUCCGAUCGAAAUUGGCAACUCACGAGCCACCGCGGAACGGUUACUCAGAGCGCUUCAUCGUCGUCUUUCGGUGCGACCCGAAUUGAAAAUCGAGUACUCACAAUUUUUGUGCGAUUAUGAAUCGUUGAAUCACAUGCACCGGGUGACAGAAGCGAACGACUCAUCUCAAACCGUGUAUAUACCGCAUCACGCCGUUAUUCGGGAUGGCAGCGCGACGACGCACCUUAGAGUAGUUUUCAACGCGUCAUGUCAAACUUCCAACGCAACCUCGCUCAACGACCAUCUCCUCGCAGGCCCAAAAUUGCAAGCAGACUUGUCGGCUGUCAUCCUACGUUGGCGGCUAUUUCGAUACGUUUACGCGGCUGAUAUCACAAAAAUGUAUCGGCAGAUUCAAAUCGAUCCGCGAGAUAUCGAUUACCAACGUAUUCUUUGGAACCCUGAACCCAACAAUCCUGUGCUAACAUAUCGGCUCUCGACCGUCACGUACGGCACCGCGUGCGCUCCUUUUCUAGCUCUGCGCGUGAUACGACAGCUGGUUGCGGACGACGGCGCCGCGUUUCCACUCGCCGCGUCGGUAUUAUCCGAAAACGUAUACGUGGAUGAUGUCCUGUUCGGCGCCGAAAGCGUGCCGCGCCUAAAGCAGAUUCGCACUCAAGUCUGUUCACUGCUGCGACAAGGCAAGUUCGAACUAAGAAAGUGGUCGAGCAAUUCAGCGGAGCUGCUGGACGAUAUCAGCGUUGAAGAUCACGGCAUCGCGUGCGACAAAACGUUGCAAUCCGACGAAAGCCUAAAGAUCUUGGGCAUCAUCUGGAGUCCAUCCACUGAUGUAUUUCAAUUUAAAGUCUCUUUUGAUUCGGCUCCGUCUACAACCAAACGAUCAAUUCUAUCCACCAUCUCAAAGCUCUUUGACCCUCUCGGGUGGAGCACACCAGUCACAGUCACAGCAAAAAUGUUUAUUCAAACAUUGUGGCAAUCUAAACUUGACUGGGACGAUGUUCUCCCUCCCGAUCUCUUAAUUCAAUGGGAGCGUAUUCAAUUUUCCCUCUCAGAGCUACACGGACUUUCAUUGCCUCGCUGGGUUCAGCACGAAGCUCAAACUGAGCAAUGCGAAUUGCACGGCUUCGCCGACGCAUCCGCGCAAGCAUAUGCUGCUGUGGUCUACCUCAGGCUGGUGUCUAAGUCCGGCGUCGUGACCACUCAGCUGCUUAUCGGGAAAUCUAAAGUCGCGCCGCUGACUCCUCUCAGUAUCCCGAGACUCGAACUACAAGCCGCAGUGCUACUCACUCGUUUAUUAGUAUUCGUCAGAACAACUCUCUCUCUCUCAACUGCUCCAUGUUAUUGCUGGACAGACUCUACCGUGGUCCUUGCGUGGGUGACCCAACACCCCUCCAGAUGGAAGACGUUCGUCGCGAAUCGCGUAUCCGAAGUUCAAACGCGAAUUCCGAACGCCUCAUGGAGACACGUGACAACCGAUGAUAAUCCCGCCGAUUGCGCGUCUCGCGGAAUCCCGGGUCAUUCGCUCUCGUCACAUCCGCUCUGGUGGUCAGGACCACCGUGGCUUCGGCACCUCGCAGCGGAGUGGCCGCAGCCAAUCCACUCGACUCACCUCGAUACACCGUUCGAAAGCAAAAAUGAAACAGUUUCGGUUUUUGUCGCGUGUCAAAAUUCGUGGGAAUUAGCAACGCGAUAUUCUUCAUGGCCUCGUCUCAUUCGAAUUACAGCAUACAUAAUGCGAUUCGUGACAAGAACGCGACGGAAACCCGAUGUUCACGAUAGCGUCGAGCAAUAUAAGGCGGCGAUUCAUGCUCGCGAAUGUCAAAUCGCAACGGAGUUUUGGCUCCGAUACAUUCAAGCACAGCUUUUCCCUCACGAACGAAAGGCUCUGCUAAAUGAUCAACCAGUCGCGUCUAAAAGCCCACUGGCCUCGCUCAAUCCGUUUCUGGACCAUGCCAAAAUAAUUCGUGUUGGCGGGCGGCUGGCACACGCUACCAUCGCGUUCACCGCAAAACACCCCAUAAUUUUAGCCGCGCAUCCUAUCGUUCAGCUAUUGAUUCAUCACAUUCACAUUAAAACCAUGCACGCCGGUCUUCAACUCACGCUUGCGACUCUCCGACGCGACUACUGGGUCUUACGAGCGAGACCGAUCACCAAAACCGUAAUUCAUCGUUGCGUUAUCUGCACUCGGGAGCGAGCAACGAUUCCAAUGCAACUGAUGGGAAAUUUGCCAAAGGUCCGCGUCAAUUCUCCAGAGCGUGCGUUUGUGCAUUGCGGAGUGGAUUAUGCCGGACCAGUUCUAACGCGUUCAAUGGCCGGGCGCGGAAGGACGUCACGCAAGGCGUACAUUGCCAUAUUUAUCUGCAUGGCCACUCGAGCCAUUCACCUCGAGCUCGUCGACGGCUACUCAACGGCGGCAUUCCUCGGAGCCUUCUCCAGAUUCUGCUCGCGACGCGGUCUUCCUACGUCCGUCUACUCAGAUAACGGCACGACAUUCGUGGGCGCCGAUCGCGAGCUCACCGCCGCAUUUCGAUCGGCAUUGCGAGACCCGAGUUUUUUUAAUAAAACAGCCGCUGACAGCAUUUCCUGGCACUUCAUUCCCCCUUCGGCUCCGCAUUUUGGCGGUAUCUGGGAAGCCGGAGUUCGAAGUGUCAAGCACCAUCUCCGGCGAGUCAUAGGGUCUCAUACUCUUACAUAUGAAGAAUUCUCUACCGUACUGUGCAAUGUCGAGGCUUGUCUAAAUUCGCGGCCUCUAGCCCCUCUCAGCGACGAUGCAACUGACUACGACCCGCUAACCCCGGGUCAUUUUUUAAUUGGCUCCGCAAUUACGGCCGCUCCCGAGCCCUCCAUAUUUGAAGUGCGAGAAAACCGACUUACGCGCUGGCAGCUCGUGCGGCAGCUUACAGAGCGCUUUUGGAGGCGGUGA